AUGUCUGCACGAGUUGUCGCAGAUACGAGAACAGUGGAAGCUACGGCAUCACCCGUACAUGAUGGUGUUUUGCACGUGAUCAGGCAAGAUGCGCAGUGUGAGAUCGCGAUCUGGACGAUCGAGCUUGCACUUAUCUUGUUCUGUACUCACCGGCCAUUUAGACUUCAUUUGCGAUUCAGCUUCUCCUGCUACGUGUUCUGCAUUUAUCAUGUCAGUAGCAAGCACGAGCACAUCAUCAGAUCCCUGGGACCAGCCGUUUCUCCAGCACAGGCAGUACCAGACGAUUGGGACAAUGAUGACGAGGACGAAGAGGGGGAGGAGGACCAACGGCAGAUGUGGGAGAACGCGAAUAGCAAGGCACCUAUGCCGGAACUCGUGAUCUCGGGAUCCAGCACGACCAUGAUAAAGUCACCGCCACCCGCUGCGCUGCAGCCGACUCUCCGAAUACUGAAAAGACCCGCAGCCACGUCGUCUGCGCACGCAUCCGCCGUACCAUCAGAUACCCCAAAGUCAUAUGCCGAGCGGGAGGCGCAGUACCAGGCAGCGCGCGAGCGUAUUUUCAACGACGGGCGCGCCCGGAGCCAGAGUGGGGGGACAGAGCGUGAUGGCCUGGUGAGCGAUAGCACGAGUGCGAAAUCGAAGAGUGGUGUGCCAAGCGUCCAGAUUGUGCGCGAGCCGAGGGGCCCAAGCGCACAGCCCGAGGAGGGUCAGGCCUUACAAGGGAAUGCGCGUGCCUUGAGGGGUUUCACAGGGAGGAGGCACAAAGGGAAUACAAGGGCCUAG